CCAGAUUUCCCAACGCGGAAGUAGCGCACCGAAACAUCCUAGUAACUUCCAAGCUGCUUUUUCAAGCAGGCUGUUGAUAAGAAAGAUGUCUCACAUCGUAAAGAAACGAAAACUGGAUAAAAACAGACAAGAUAACCUCUACUUCGACAGCUACUCCGAUGUGACCAUCCACGAAGAGAUGAUAGCGGACCACGUGCGGACCAACACGUACCGGAUGGGGAUACUGAGGAACAGCGAGUCCAUUCGGGGGAAAGUUGUCCUGGACGUCGGGGCAGGAACCGGCGUUUUGAGCAUUUUCUGUGUCCAAGCCGGAGCUAAGAAAGUGUACGCGGUGGAAGCGUGUUCUAUCGCGGAGCAGGCGGUGAAAAUAGUCAAACAAAACAAAAUGGAGGAUAGGAUUGAAGUGAUACGGGGCACCGUGGAGACAGUGGACCUACCGGAGACGGUGGACGUCAUUGUGAGUGAAUGGAUGGGGUAUGCCCUCCUGCACGAGUCCAUGCUCAACUCGGUGCUCUAUGCCCGGGACAAGUGGCUGAAGCCGGGCGGCCUUAUUCUGCCCUCCGAGGCGGAACUCUACAUAGCACCAGUCAGUGACCCGGUGGUGGAGGACCGGCUGCACUUCUGGUACACGGUGAAGGACCAGUACGGCAUCGACAUGUCCUGUAUGUCCGACUUUGCCAGAAAAUGCAUCAUGAACUCCGACAUCACUGUGAACUCUGUAACCGUCGAGGACGUCCUCUCUCACCCAGCACGCUUCGCCAGGGUGGACCUAUACUCCGUCACCGCGGAGGAGCUCCAGUCGGUGAAGGGCCAGUUCACAUGUGAGUGCUUCGGCUCGGCCAGCGUAAAUGCCUUCUGUGUUUGGUUCACUGUGACUUUCCCCAGCCCGGACAAGCCGCCGCUGGUGCUCUCCACGUCCCCGUUCAAACCGGAGACGCACUGGAAGCAGGCGGUGCUGUACCUGGACGAGCCGGCGGAUGUGGUUCAGGACACCCGGGUGGCCGGCGAGGUGCGCAUGUAUCCCUCCGAGGAUAGUGCCAGGCAUAUAUGCAUCCAUAUGGACUACACCAUAGGAGAGCAGAAAAGACAGUCCAAGACCUUCUCUAUCCCUGACUGGAGUGCAGAGGCUCAGCAGUAAUGUGGCUUUAUGGUUUUUAAUGGUGUCAACACUGACAUACAGGUCACCAAACACCGAGUCCCUUCAUCUAAUAUCGCUGCACCACCCAAACGGAAUAAAGUGGAGCAGGGCUGAGAUGAUAUGCUUAUCUCCCAAUUCAAUACUGUCACGAUACUUGGGUGCAAAUUCAAUAUGCAUUGCGAUUCUACAAGUAUUGUGAUUUGAUAUUAUGUUUCAUUACGAUUUUUCUUGUUUUAAAUUACCUUCUAGUUUGUGGAUGCAAGGUUUCAUGAAGCUGUGAUUAUCUUAAAGGUCUCUAGGGGUCAUUUUAUACAUUUAUGUCCAGUUCCAAAAAAAAUAGUGUCACUACAAUUAAAUGGAUACUAUAGGGGUCAGCAUCAUCACACAUCAAUCAAAUGUAGCUCAUUCAAUCCACAGGAGUCUCAGCUUUCCAGUCAAAGCCGAUUUAUGCAACUCCAAGACCGUUUAGGCCCCAGUCUGCACAAUUAUACCAUUUUACAACAGGCCAAAAGAACACAUUUGGACUGCUGGAGGUCAGAGGUUAAGGGAACACUUAGAUUUUUCCUCACCACAAUGUGGCCUAAGUUUAGAGCAAUAGUGAAGUGAAUUGAUUUUUUUUCCUCACCCCAAGUGACUAAGAAAACAGUUUUUGGUAAGUCUGGUAACUUAUUAAAUGUAGGUCACCAAACUGUCAGCUUAGAGCAAGCACCGGUCCAGAAUACUGCCUGAUGUAAUGUGAUGUCAUUUAUUUAUUUCUUUUUUGACCUUCAAAUAAAUGUGUGUGGUUAUUUUUUAUUUA